GCGACGGAGCCGUCGUCGUGGUGAUGCGAGAGGACCGCUUGGGACGGCGCGGUGGUAACAGUAACGCGGGCGGUCGCCGCCGCUGCCAGACUCUGCCGGACUCACGCGGACGCUCUACGAGGCCCGGGAUCCCCCUUCGAGGACGCGGGAAGCACUGCGCGCCAUUCUCGUUGUUGUGCACGUUAAUCAGCAGAGCGCCAUGGACGUGGAGGACCCCCAGAUGGCGGCCGUGGUGGCCAACUUCUUCGACCUGGGGAAGGCCAUCGCCGCCGACCCGGACCUCUCCAACGAGAAGCUGAGCGAGCUGCGCAAGUGGUCCGAGGGCCGAGGAGACGAGAUCUUCCCCGGCAUGACAGACAUGCAGCUGCUCCUGUUCCUACAGUCGUGCUACGGCGACCUAGAGAAGACCAAAGAGUGCAUGAUAAAAUACUUCCACUGCAUCCUGGACGUGCCGCAGUUCUUCGAUCACUGGGACGUGGAUCGCGACCAGAUCAAGCAGGGCCUGGACACAGUGUUCUACGCGCCAAUGCCUAAGCUGUCGCCAAAGAACCACCUGAUGAUCUUGUGCAGAUUCAGGCAUACGGAUGCGUCCAAGUACGUCUUCUCGGACGGCUCGAGAAUAUUCAUGAUGACGUCGGAGGCGCAGUUCCUGGUGCGCGGGCCGCAGGAGGGGCUGUCCGUCGUCAUGGACAUGACCAACAUGUGCUUCAGCCACCUGUGGCGCUUCCCCGUGCCGCUGGUGCGGCGCUUCAUCGGCAUGAUCCAGGAGGGCAUGCCCGUGCGCCUCAAGGAGAUCCACAUCGUCAACUGCAGCUACUUCCUGCCCACCCUCAUGUCCUUCCUCAAGCCCUUCAUGAAGAAGGAGCUCGCUGACCUGAUCCAGUGCCACUCGGGCGCCAUGGACUCUUUCCACGAGCAGUUCCCCGCGGAGUACUUACCCACCGAGCUCGGAGGCACGGCGGGCACCUUCCAGGAGCAUCACGAUAACAACGUGCGGCUGCUGGCGAAGCUGAAGCCGCUGUGGACGGCCAAAGACAAGUGGUCGGCGGCGCAGCGGCUGGACCGGGACAAGGGCAGCGACAGCAACAGCGACAGCGACUGAGUCGUGAACAGACGGGCAAACGCCUCUACGCGCAUCGCGAAACUCUGACAAUUUGUAAAAGUCUGUAAGUGUGUGAGGCGACUCGAACGAGUGCGUGCGUGUGUGGGUGUUGAUGCUAGCUUACAAACUACGUGAGCCAACCAUGACAUUACACAGGGGGGAACAUGAACGCCAUGGAGUGUUCUCUUGUAUGUUGUGCAUACGAGUAGAACCAUAUAGAACCAAUUGUUUAUUCUUUUUCAUCAGAGGAACCAAGAAGUGUGGAAAACGGGGUUGGUAUUGUGCUAUGCUAGCUGGCUCUGGCAAGCCCACGCCAAAAGUCUCCACUCCAUCCAUAGGAGGUGGCCCACAGAACAUAGACCACUGUUUCUUUUGCAGUUAUACUGUGCGGGUUUUCAUGUCGUAUAACUAGGAAAGAGACGGGGACAAUGAGCAUCAAAGUGAAGAAUUAUGCUAAAUGAUAAUUAUUUUUUAGCAAUAAAUGUUGUUGUACAUAUAUUUUUAUAUAAAACACAAAACGAAAA